UCAGAAGUCUUAAGAAGUAAUACGCAAAAGUUAGGAUAACAAUGACAAAAAUUACAAUUAUAAAUUGCAUCAUUGCAGCUGUUUGCAUUUUUCAAACAGCAGAGGCAGGACUUCUUAAACCGCUAGGUUCUCUAGUGGAUACUGUGCAAAAUCAAUUUUCAAAUACAGUUGAAAACGUAAAAGAAUUGGGAAAAGAAGGAAUCCAAAAUGGAAAGGAUACUUAUGAUAGAUUAACAGAUGGACUUGUAGCACCCCAAACAGGACUUUCAACAUCUACAUCAUGCACUAAUGCGAGCAAAUAUAUUCAAGAAGCUGCCACGCAAGUAACGAAAAUAUUUAACACAUGCAUUAUAAAAAUUAAUAAUUCAACUGAUAUUAAAGAAUUGAUCAAUGCAACCAAAAAUCUGCAAAAUAUAUCAAAGAAUUUUCAAGAUGUUUUAAAUUGUAUUUACGAUGAGAAUAUAGUUGAAUGCCUCGGUUAUGUUAAAAAGAAUGUUUCCGAAAUAAUAACAAAAAUUAUAGAUACGUCACAUCAAACAGUCUUCGUUGUAAAAAUGUGUUUGGAAACAGGAAUUAAGCAAUUAACCAACGAAGCUAUGAGCCAAAUCAUCCAAUCCGUGGAUCAAUGUGUCCAAAAUUUUACUUUUACGCUACCAUUUAAAUUAUAA